GCACGCGCUGUCCACGUGGGAGAGGGCAGGAGUGAGUGGUGUGUUUUAUAGACGAGCUUCGGCGUGACGUCACACUCCGUCCGGAUCAAACAUGGCGAACAUUCGGUCUGUGAAGGGCAUGGUCGGGCUGGUCACCGGCGGCGCCUCCGGUUUGGGCCGGGCCACCGUGGAGCGCCUGGUGCAGAGCGGAGCGUCCGCCGUCAUCGUGGACCUGCCGUCCUCUGAGGGACAGGCGCUGGCUGGCAGUCUGGGAGAGCGCUGUGCCUUCGCUCCUGCAGACGUCACAUCGGAGGCAGACGUGCGUUCGGCUGUGUCUCUGGCCCGGGAGAGGUUCGGCAAAUUGGACCUGGCGGUUAACUGUGCCGGCAUCGCUGUGGCUGUUAAAACGUACAACUUUAAGAAGGACCUGCCCCACAGCCUGGAGGACUUCCAGCGCGUCAUCAACGUAAACAUCGCAGGAACGUUUAACGUGAUCCGCCUCGCCGUGGGGGAGAUGGGGAAGAACGAGCCGGACGCAGACGGACACAGAGGCUGCAUCGUCAACACAGCCAGCGUGGCGGCGUUCGACGGACAGGUCGGACAAGCGGCGUAUUCUGCCUCUAAAGGCGGCAUCGUUGGAAUGACGCUGCCGAUCGCUCGAGAUCUGGCUCCCAUGGGCAUCAGAGUGGUCACCAUCGCCCCCGGUUUGUUCUCCACCCCGCUCCUCGCCAGCCUCCCAGAGAAGGUGCGCUCCUUCCUCGCUCGCCAGGUGCCCUUUCCCUCGCGCCUAGGAGACCCCGCUGAGUUCGCCCACCUGGUGACGGCGCUGGCGGAGAACCCGAUGAUCAACGGGGAGGUGAUCCGGCUGGACGGAGCCAUCCGCAUGCAGCCCUGAUGAGCGGCGCAGCGUGAAGAUGGACAGAUCACCGUUUAGACCGAGUGGGAAAAUGAGGAAUAUAAACUCUCACUUGAAUCCUGUGAAUCUUUUAUUCAAUGUUUGUGGGUCUCAAAGUGUCAGAAUAUACUUCAUGUUGAAUAUUUCAGUAAUAAAUAUCAAAAGGUUUCAUUUCGUAUCUUAAUAUCUAUUAAUUCCCUAAAAUUCA